GGUCGAUUCUGUGACAGUAUGAUACUCCAUUCCUCUCCACCUAAACAACACCAACAAUGGCGUUGACAUCACUCGCAUCGCGCGCUGGAUUAAUUCGGAUCAUGGAGGGGAACUUGGCAUCAUCUACUUACACUCUUCGCUAUUUUAGUGAUGGUAAAGGCCGUGUCCUCAGUGAAGAAGAGCGCGCUAAGGAAACCGUUUACAUUCAGAAAAUGGAGAGGGAAAGGUUAGAGAAGCAGAAGAAGAAGGCGGAGCUCGAGAAAACUGACAAGGGCAAAUCGGACAAGAUAUUAUGUCUCACAGUUUUCAGGAAAGCCUUCUUUUGUGUUUCCUAUCAUAUUAUCCCAUAAUUUGUUCUGGAAUUCACAAGUGCGAAGACGACGAUGUCUAUGUAAGAAACAACUGAAAUCUUGAUAUCAAAGGUAGAAUCUGAAAUUUCAAAGGAGCUAUAAAGAGCUUGUGAGCUAGGAGAAUGGUGUAUUUGGAAUUGUUUCUUUUUGCAUUUGUUGAAAACUGACAUAAAAAGAUUUAAACACAACAGGUUUUUACCACUUUUCA